AUGAGGUCGUUGGUCCCUCUGUCUCUGCUGCUGCUCGUUGCGUCGGCGGCCAUGCAGCGAGCAGCAGCACAGCCUCCGUUGGACUACCGUGACGCGCUCGCGAAGAGCAUUCUCUUCUUCGAGGGGCAACGGUCGGGGCGACUGGAUCCGCGCACCAACCGCGUGCCAUGGCGCGGCAACUCGGGCCUGCAGGACGGCGCACGCAACAAUGUGGACCUGGUGGGCGGGUACUAUGACGCGGGCGACAAUGUGAAGUUCGGUUUCCCCAUGGCGUUCACGGUGACGGUGCUGUCAUGGGCCGUGGUGGAGUACGGUGCACAGCUGCAGGCGGCGGGGCAGCUGGGGUACGCGCUGGACGCCAUACGGUGGGGCACGGACUACUUCCUCAAGGCCAACACCGGGCCCACGGAACUGUGGGGACAGGUAGGCGACCCGAACUCGGACCAUGCGUGCUGGCAGCGGCCUGAGGACAUGACGACGGACCGCACGGCGUACAAGAUCGAUGCUCAGCACCCCGGCUCUGACCUCGCCGGCGAGACUGCUGCCGCUCUUGCUGCCGCGUCCAUCGCCUUCAGGGGUCGAAACAGCUCCUAUGCCAACACACUCCAGUCACGCGCCCGCCAGCUAUUCGUGUUUGCGGACGAGUACCGUGGCGUGUACAGUGACGCCAUCCCAAGUGCGCAGAACUUCUACCGCUCCUUCAGCGGAUACCAGGACGAGCUGCUGUGGGCGGCAGCGUGGCUGUACCGGGCAACGGGUGAUGAGGCGUACCUGCAGUACAUACAGCGCAACGACGCGCAGCUGGGCGGCAGCACACAGCAGCUGAGCGAGUUCAGCUGGGACAACAAGUACGCGGGGGCGCAGCUGCUGCUCACCGAGCUGCUGCUGACUGGCCGCAUCCCCUCAAGCUCGUCAGACCUGUUCAACCGCUACCGCCGCAAUGCUGAGUUCUACGUCUGCAGCAACAUGCCCGACAACCCACUCUCCCGCACUCCCCGCACCCCAGGGGGGCAUCUGUACAUCCCGGGGCGCGGGGUGAACAACCAGUACGUGACCAACAUGGCGUUCCUCACCACCGUGCUCGCUGACACACUGCAGCGCGCGGGGCAGAACCUGCAGUGCGCCUCCACCACCUUCACCCCGCAGCAGCUCCUCGCUGAGGCCAGGCGCCAGGUGGACUACAUCCUGGGGAGCAACCCCCAGGGCCUGUCGUACAUGGUGGGCUUCUCCUCCUCCUUCCCCCAGCGCAUCCACCACCGCGGCGCCUCCAUCCCCUCCAUCUUCGCCGCCCCGCAGCAGAUCGGGUGCUCCGAGGGCUUCCGCUACCUCACCGCCUCCUCCCCCAACCCCAACGUGCACGUCGGCGCCAUUGUCGGCGGGCCCAGAGACGGGAGUGAUGCAUAUGCGGAUGACCGCACUGACUACAGCACGGCAGAGCCCGCCACAUACAUCAACCCUGGCAUGGGAGAUCUUAACGGUUCCGUUGGCGCUCGCGAUAACGGCGGGGGGGAAGGGGUCGGAGCUGGGGAAACGGCGGGCGGGGGGGUGGGGGACAGCCUGUUCGCAGCGCUGCGGCUGAUGACUCCGAGCCUGGACCGCGAGCGCGGCUCGUACGGCGUGCGCGAGGCGGCGCUGGGUCGCUGCGUGGCGGAGGCCAUUGGGCUUGCGCGUGGCUCGGAAGAGGCGCAGCUGCUGGAGGACUGGCAGAAGGGCGGGCGGGGCCACGUGGGCGAGAACGCUGGCAAAUUCGUGGAAGUUGCGAUGGAGGUGCUGAAGAAGCGGCAGCAGGAAUUGCCAGGCGACCUGACGAUAGCGGAUGUGAACGCAUUGCUGGACGACCUCGCUGCUGCCGGCCCCAGGGAGGCGAAGGUGGCAGUGGUGGACCGCAUGAGGAACGCCACCAACCCCACGCAGCUCAAGUGGAUCCUCCUCAUCAUCCUGCAAGGGCUGCACUUCGGCAUGAGUGACAAGUCGGUGCUGCGCGCAUUCCACCCCGACGCCGAGGAGGUCUUCAACCACACCUGCGACCUGCGCCGCCUCUGCCACUCCCUGCCCUCCCGCGCCGUCCGCGCCAAGCGCCAGGACAUAGAGCCAGGGAGUGCAGUGCGGCCACAGCUGGCCCGGCGAGUGGACACGGCAGAAGCUGCCUGGAGCCUGAUGAAGGGAAAGGAGGCGGUGGUGGAGUGCAAGUUUGAUGGCGACCGUGUGCAGAUCCAUAAGAAUGGCGCCACCAUUAAUUUCUUCUCCAGGAACUUCAAGGAGCAUCCGGAGUUUCUCCCUGGCAUGGAGGAUCUGGUCGUCAACAACAUUCACGCAGACAAGUGUAUACUGGAUGGGGAGAUGCUGGCAUGGGAUCGAAAGAACAACAGAUUCGUGGAGUUCGGAUCCAAUCAAACAGCAGCAAAGGAGGCACGAGAGGGCAGCAACAGUGACAUCCAGCUAUGCUACGUGGCGUUUGACAUUCUCUACCACAGGGACGGCAGUGUGAUCCACUAUCCGCUCAAGCGCCGCCACCAGCUGCUCAAGGAGGUCGUGCGCCCCAAGCCACACCGCUUCGAGCUGCUGCUGCCGCCUGACCCCCGCUCCUCCAACAUCUCCCCACGCGCUCCUGGCGAGCCCAACUGGUCGCAGUAUGCACACAGUGCAGCGGACAUCCAAGCCUUCUUCGUGCAGACCGUCGACAACAGGGACGAGGGAGUGGUGGUGAAGGACCUGCAGUCGCCGUGGGAGGCGGGCGACCGCUCCUCCAAGUGGCUCAAGCUCAAGCCCGACUACAUGGAUACCGGCGCUGACAUCGACGCCCUCGUCAUGGGCGCCUAUUUUGGAUCCAACCGCCGCGGAGGAGAGCUAUCUCAGUUCCUGCUCGGCCUAUGGGAGCAACCCCCCGACCCCGACCAGCCUCCUCCACGCCUAAUGUCAUUCUGUCGGGUGGGGGGAGGCAUGUCAGACGACGACCUGGCGGACCUGAGGGAGCGCCUGCUGCCCGUGCUGCAGCUGAACGAGAGAGGUCAGUCCCCCCCGCCGCUGUACGCUGUGACCAACCAUGCCAAGGAGCGCCCAGACGUCUGGGUCUCUGACCCCACCAGGUCUGUGGUGUUGCAGAUUCGCGGUGACAUCCGAGUCAUACAGACCGAGGUGUUUCAAGCGCCGCGCUCGCUGCGCUUCCCCCGUGUCACCCGCGUUCGCCAUGACAAGCCCUGGUGGGACUCGCUCGACCUGCCAGGUCAGCGGGGGCUGGGGGAGGAAGGGGGCGAGAGGGGAGGGGAGGGGGAUGGUGCAGAGAGGGGGGGGAGGGCGAGAAUCGAGGGAUACGUGGUAUCAGUCCCCCCGGGCGUGCAGCAGAAAGUGGUGCAGCAGCAGGUGGUGAGGCACGGGGGAGAGGUGCACGCCAAUCUCAGCCGCGCUGUCACCCACGUAGUCGCAGGCUCCGCAACGGGGGGGUUUCGUCUCAAGGCGGCUGUAAAUGCAGGAGAUGUGCUCACAUACGAUUGGCUACAGGAGUGCCUGCAAGCCCGCAAGCUCAUUCCACCCAAGUCCAAGCACUACGUGCACCGGUCUCCAAGCACGGUGCAGCGGCAGCAGCAGCAGAUGGACGAGUAUGGGGACUCGUACACAGAUGACAUCGCUGACGCGCAGGAGCUCAAACAGCUCUUUGCAAAGGUGUCUGAGGCAGCAGUCAAAGCAGUACCGAGUGGUGACGUGGCGGUGCAGCGCCGCAAGCUGUGUGUGGAGUCGGGUGCCGUGCACACUUGCAUCUUUCAAGGGGUCGUGCUCUUUGUGCUGCCGUGCCUUCCCGCCCUACACCAGCAGCACUCAUGGGCGGGGUGGCAGCAUGUGAGCGAGGCGAUGGCAGGGCGCAGAGCAGCACUGGAGGUAGCAAUGGGGGGAGGCACUGUGGACGCAAGGCUCUCAACGCAUGUCACGCACCUGCUGCUGCCGUCAUGCCUCGCUUCCAUUCGACACGAGGAUGUGGGAGCUACUGUGAAGCUGUAUCAAGACAGCCUCACACCAGCGCAGCUCGCUCUUCUCUCUCGUGUCCUGUCAGUGCAUGCGCCAGCCACGCCUGCACCGCCACCAGCACCAACACAAGGAGAAACAGCAGCAGCAGCAGCAGCAUCGCCACACCCCCGUGCCUCUACCCAGCAGCAUCCGGCACAUGUUCCACGGGUGGUCACGGUUGCGUGUGUGGAGAAGCGGGUACAGGGGCAGGGGGAGGAGGGGCCGUGGGAGGGCUUUGGAGGGCCCAGCUGUCCUGCUUUCCUGGAAUCUUCUGACAGUGAUGAGGGGGAGACUGGGAAGGACGAGGAUGGGGGGAGCAGCACUGACUCAGAUGGUGCUGGUGAUGCCGGUGCCGGUGCUCAUGCUGAUGCUGAUGCUGAUGCUGAUGCUGAUGAUAGUGAUGGUGGUGAAGAGGAGGAAGAUGAGGACGAACAAACCACGGAUGAUGAGGGGGGUGGGUCCGAGGCAGGAGGGGUGCAGGAGUCGAGGUUGGAGGGGGUGGAUGCAGCAACACAGCAGUGGGAGGACGACAUGAGUGUGUGUGAGAAGAAAAUUGUCCCCGCAGAGGAUGAUGUAACUGGGGUGAGUGGAUCGCAGUCUCUUGUACCUGCGACACCAGCCAAAAGCUUGAGUCAACCAGGAACAGUUCCAGGCGCAAGUGGGGUGGGUGAGACAUGUGCAAGUGAGUGCAAGGAGCAAGAGCAGCAUGCGAGCAAGAGAUUUCGGGGGGAGGGAAGGCAUCGUGAUGUGGAGUUGGUUGGAGUGCCAGGAGACACAGGUCAGGGCAGCAGGGAUGUGGGAGAUGAUUGGAAGGAGGGAAGCCUAGGGAAGAUAGGGAAGGAAGUGAUGGACAUGAAGAGUGCAAAGGAGGAGAGUGAGGAAGCAGGGAACAGAGGUGCUGUUGGGGAUGGUCCAGAAAAGGUUAAGGAGCAGAGAACUGGGGAAAUUGAUUCAGAGAGGGUUGAUGUAGACGACAAGACGAAUGAGAUGUUUGACUUCUUUUUCGGUUAA